AUCAUACGGUGUCGUUUACAGUGAGCCACGAAGGUUGUCUCUGUUCUUGCCUGUGUUCUCGGUUUCACCCAUCACGUGUGAACCGAUAACCGUAUAAGGGUUUUGCAAAAGGGGUUUAACGAAAAAAAAUCCCAGACCCCUAUUCACAACGCUUCUCAUAUUGAUCAAUCACCAUGAGAAAAGCUUCAAUCUCACUUCUUCCCCACAUCAUUCGUCGCCAUCCCAAACCCUUCUCUUCUCUUUUCUCUAGACAUUAUAUUUCUGACCCUUUCUCCUCCUCCUCUUCUUCUUCCUCUUCCACCUCUUCGUUGGUCUCACCGACCCAAGUCAAGUCCUGCACCAAAAACCAUGGCUUGCUCUUUAGAACCAGGCAAUUUCAAGCAAACCCAUCUCGGAAUAUGGACACCUUGGUUGAUGAACCACCUCAGAUGUCCUCGAGGCAGAGAAAAGCCAAGGAAAGGUUGGAGCUUGAGGAGGCGUUUGAGUCCGCAAAGACCACCGACGCGAUGCUCAAGGCAUUCAAGGAUAUGGAAUCAUCUUUUCAGGAGAGAGAGCUUGGGUUGGCUUCCUUGAAAGUUGGCCUCAAACUUGACCAAGAAGGUGAGGACCCUGAAAAUAUUCUUUCUUUUGCUAAUAGAGCCUUGAACGCUUUGGAUAAGGAUGAUAAGCCUUCUUUGAUGGUUGCUAUGGCUUUACAAUUGUUGGGUUCUGCCAAUUAUAGCUUGAAAAGGUUUAGUGAUAGUCUGGGAUAUCUUGGUAGGGCUAAUAGGAUAUUGGGAAGGUUAGAGGAAGAGGGUUUUAAUGUUGAGGACCUCAGGCCGGUGCUACAUGCGGUCCAGCUUGAGUUGGCAAAUGUUAAGAUGGCUAUGGGGAGGAGAGAGGAGGCACUUGCCAAUCUUAGGAAGUGUUUGGAAAUUAAGGAGAUGACUUUGGAGGAAGAUAGUAGGGAGCUGGGUAAAGCCAACCGGGAUUUGGCAGAGGCAUAUGUCUCUGUUUUGAAUUUUAAGGAAGCAUUAUCGUAUUGUACAAAGGCGCUGGAGAUACAUAAGAAACGACUGGGGCAGAAUUCAGUGGAAGUUGCUCAUGAUAGAAGGCUUCUUGGUGUAAUUUAUACUGGCUUAGAGGAGCAUGAGAAGGCCUUAGAGCAAAAUCAGCUGUCGCAGAAAGUUUUGAAAAACUGGGGUCUUAGUUCGGAUUUGCUUCAUGCUGAGAUAGAUGCUGCAAAUAUGCAAAUUGCAAUAGGAAAGUAUGAUGAGGCUAUUAAUACUUUGAAGGAUGUCGUUAACCAAACAGAUAAGGAGAGUGAAACUAGAGCACUGGUAUUUAUUUCGAUGGGUAAAGCAUUGUCUAGCCAGGAUAAGUUUGCGGACUCAAAGAGAUGUUUGGAGAUUGCUUGUGGAAUUCUUGACAAGAAAGAGAAAAUCUCACCUUUAGAAGUAGCUGAUGCUUAUUCGGAAAUAUCAAUGCAGUAUGAGACUAUGAAUGAGUUUGAAACCGCAAUUUCACUGUUAAAGAGAGCGUUAUCUCUGCUUGAGAGGCUACCACAAGAACAGCAUUCAGAGGGAAGUGUUUCUGCUAGAAUAGGUUGGUUGCUUCUGCUGACAGGUAAGGUCCAACAGGCUGUUCCUUAUUUGGAGAGUGCAGUUGAGAGGUUGAAAGAGAGCUUUGGUUCCAAACAUUUUGGAGUAGGUUAUAUCUACAACAACUUGGGGGCAGCAUAUUUGGAACUAAACAGACCUCAGUCAGCUGCACAGAUGUUUGCAAUUGCAAAGGAUAUUAUGGAUGUCUCAGUUGGUCCACAUCAUGCUGAUUCGAUUGAGGCAUGUCAGAACCUCGCAAAAGCAUAUGGUGCCAUGGGAAGCCAUGCCCUGGCAAUUGAAUUCCAGCAACGAGUAGUUGAGGCAUGGGAAAGCCAUGGACCAAGUGGUCAUGAUGAACUGAGAGAAGCCCACCGACUUCUUGAACAAUUAAAGAACAAAGCCCGUGGAGCAUCUACAAACGAGCUUCCCAUAAAGGCCUUGCCCUUGCCCAACUCUAGUGCAUCUGCCAGAACCUCACUAUCCGAUGUUGCUGUUAACCAGAAGCGAUUAAACACAAUGUAGUGGAGAUAUCUGAUCAAAUUAAAUUACCAUACACCAUAGCACAUUCCGAUGCGGUUAUUUUAAGUGUCUUUCUCGAAGUGAGUUAUGUUUUUUUGAUAUACGAGUUUGGUUAAGCAGCACAAGUUAAUGAGGAUUUAUGUGUAAUUGAUAGCCCCAUUAUAAUGGUUAAAGUUAUUACUUUCUUUUUUCAUAAAAUGUUUAUCUUCUUACAUCGUAAUAAAUGUUUUCAUGUUUUUA